AGCUCAUAUUCUUUGGGACUUUGAAGGAUAUAGACGGGCACUUCCUCCCUCACAGCUGUCUCUCCCCUGCUGUCGCCCCACAGAGGGUGGGAUGGAAUGGGGUGGGGUCCCAUGACCUUUUGUCCAUUUGGAAAGUGAAUUUGGAGAUCCUUUUCAAGGACGGGAGCAAUCAGAGAUGACCACAAGUCCCAAUCUGUAAGGAAAUACCAGUUAGAGAAAGAUAUACAGCAAAAAACCCACUGUGGUACAUUAAAGAUUUCAAUCAGCAUACUUUACAUCACAGGUACAAAUAUGUGCUUGUGACCAUCAGAAAGGAGCGAGGGGCUAGGAGGACCUAAGCAAGGAAUGCUUCAAGAGGAACGUUGGGUGAGAUCCAUCUCCAAACCUGUGUGUGAGACCCCAUCAGCAGAGGACAUUUGUGGCAAGGAGGAGGAGGAGGAGGAAGAGGAGGAGGAGGAGGAGGAAUCAGGAUGUGUGUUCUUGCCUUCUGCCUCCUUUGCUGUCUCUCCAUCUCUGAUCCCCACCCUGGUGUCCCUGUCUCCUCUCUGCCUCUCUCUCUCUCUCUCAAGAUCCCUCUGUCGCUGCCUCUUCUCUCUCCCAGUCCGCUCUGAUCCAAAUGUCCCUUCACGUUUGCUCAGGAACAAGACACUCCUCCAAGUGCCCAGGCAGGAGUCGGUGUUGGGGGCUGGUGGCCUGGCCCAAGUCCUGCGGGGAGCAGGCCCCAUGGUGGGAAGAAUGUUUCUCCCUGCCCCGAUCUCUGGACCCUCCCUCUGUGAGUACAGCCUGAGGACAAAGAUGAUGCUCCACCCCAGCCUCCUACUCCACCCCUCAAGCCUUCCCCUCCUUGUCAUCCAAAGAAAAGCCCACCACUUUGGGGGACCAGCCUCAGAGGAAGCCUCAGUCAGCCUCCCUUGUGAAGAUCCCCAAGGUGGAGCUGAGGCUUCCUCCCAAGGCCAGGCCCCAGGCCUCCCCUAAAGGAUCCAACACCUUCCAGGCCCAGCAACAGCUGACCCCAAUGACAAUUUGGCCUCCGAUUAUUAUCAAAACCCCCUCCAAGAGCUUGCCUCUCAAAGGGCAACAUGCAUCCUCCGCCAAGGAGGCCUCUCGCUCCCCGGGUGCAUGUGACAACCCCUUACCCCACCUUUCUUCAAAAUAAAUAUUUUUGUUAGAUCAGCAA